CUCUUUCUUUUUAUUCUUUUUCUUCUUUGGGAUUUUUGGCCUUUUAUUUUUUACUACUUUGUUUUAAAAUUUUUCACUCUAGUGGUCCUUUUGUUUUAUUUUUUUCGGAUCUUUGCUUUCAUUUUUCUGGUCUCUGACCUUGUCAGAAUCAUCUAGGGUGAAAUUUACUUAGGUCGUGGUUGAUAUUCUUUUGUUUAAAGAAUGGUAUCUGGUUACUGUGCGGCGGCGGCUAAGAAGGCGGCUGUGGUGGUGGCGGCGGCGGCUGAGGCGGUGGCUGAGGCAGCAACGGAGGAAACAGAAAAUGGCAGAUUUUUUGAAAGGACUGCCUGUCUACAACAAAAGCAAUUUUAGUCGAUUUCAUGCUGACUCUGUGUGCAAAGCUUCGAACCGGCGUCCUUCAGUCUACCUGCCCACCUGGGAGUACCCAUCUGAACAGAUCAUUGUGACAGAAAAGACAAACAUCCUUUUGCUCUACCUACAUAAGCAAUGGGACAAAAAGAAUGCCGCAAAGAAGAGAGACCAGGAGCAAGUGGACCUUGAGGGUGAGAGCUCUGCACCCCUCCGCAAGGUUGCACCGACUGAUAGCCCGGACAUGCAUGAAGACACUUAAGACUCUCACUCCCCCACAGGCGCCUCCUGUCUUGUCUGCUCCUCGCCUGCCCGCCUUGUGUAAGCGCCCCCUGCCCUGCCCCUACCAGCCCACCCACACCUGACCAUCCAUACCACUUCCAACCUCAUAGGAGCCGAUGUAUUUAUUUUCCUUGAGUUUUUAUUUAUGCUGUAAAAUGUACCAAGCGAUGGUUAA